CUGAUCACUUCUUCCUAUAUAACUUCUCCAACCCCACAUGUGCUAUCAGAUUUUCAUUCAUUUUUCUCCCCUUAAGUUCCCGUGCUAAACAUUAUUCAGGCAUGUCUAGCAUUGAACUUAACGUAAAGCAGCAAGGAGAACCAACCCGGGUUCAGCCUGCACAGGAAACAGAAAAGGGACUCUACUUCCUUUCAAACCUAGACCAGAACAUUGCUGUUCCAGUGCGCACGGUUUAUUGCUUCAAAUCCGGUUCUAGAGGAAACGAGGAUGCUGCACAAGUUAUCAAGGAAGCUUUGUCGAAAAUUCUUGUCCCUUAUUACCCCAUGGCUGGCACCUUGAUGAUAAGCUUGGAAGGGAAGUUAAUAGUGGAUAACCCUGGGGAGGGUGCGGUGUUCGUUGAGGCUGAAGCAGAUUGUGACAUUGAAGAGAUUGGGGACUUGACAAAGCCUGACCCUGAUGCUCUUGGGAAACUGGUGUACAAUGUUCCUGGUGCUCGAAGCAUUCUUGAGAUGCCUCUUAUGACUGUUCAGGUGACAAAGUUCAAAUGCGGAGGAUUUACAUUGGGGCUAUGCAUGAUCCACUGCAUGAAAGAUGGACUAUGUGCCAUGGAGUUUGUGAAUGCAUGGAGCGAGACAGCCCGAGGUUUGGACUUGAAGACCCCACCAUUUCUCGAUCGAACCAUAAUCAAAGCACGCGACCCUCCCAAGAUAGAGUUCCAACACAACGAAUUCGCCCAAAUAGAAGACAUAUCAAACACUAAAAAACUCUACGAGGAAGAAAACAUGCUCUACAGAUCCUUCUGCUUCGAUUCUGAGAAGCUCGACAUGCUCAAGAAAAAGGCCACGGAAGAUGGGGUUCUGGAAAAGUGCUCCACUUUUGAAGCACUCUCAGGUUUUGUAUGGAGAGCUCGAACUGCAGCAUUAAGAAUGCAACCUGAUCAACAAACAAAGCUUUUGUUCGCGGUAGAUGGAAGGUCAAGAUUUGUGCCACCAAUACCAAAAGGGUACUUUGGGAAUGCUAUUGUGCUGACAAAUUCGUUGUGUAAUGCUGGGGAGUUAUUGAAGAACCCUUUAUCAUUUUCUGUGGGAUUGAUUCGUGAGGCUAUUGAGAUGGUCACGGAUAGUUACAUGAGAUCUGCCAUUGACUAUUUUGAAGUCACAAGAGCUAGGCCUUCUUUAGCAGCUACCCUUUUGAUCACAACUUGGACUAAGUUGUCUUUUCACACUACAGAUUUUGGCUGGGGAGAACCUCUUUGUUCUGGCCCUGUGACCCUGCCAGAGAAAGAAGUUAUCUUGUUCUUGUCACAUGGUCAAGAAAGGAAAAGUGUAAAUGUUCUUCUGGGUUUGCCAAGUUCUGCUAUGGAAAUUUUUGAAGCAUUGGUGAUGAUGCAGGUGUGAAGGUGCAGUAGGGUGGUACAAGUGUUAAUGAGUAGAGUUGGUCGGGAGAAAGACAUCCCUAAUGAAUAAAUCUGACUAAUUAAGUGGUUCAAGUAUCUCCUCAAAUUUGUAAUAAAGGCAUUUUAGUUUGAUUGUGUGUCUUGGAAUUAAUGUGAAGCGGGUAUUUCCUAUGCCCACUUCUUCUGUUGUUUCCUUGGCUUUCUUAAAAAACAAAUGAUACACUA